AUGAAAGCCGAGUUGGCAUUAGUAAGAGAACGAAUUGCUUGGACUCGUAGGCAGUUAUGCAGAGUGGAUGAACGUAUUUUAUCUCUGAAUGAACAAUUGUGGAUGACUUUAAAUGAAGAACACUAUGCGACAGCUGAAAGAAUGAUCUCUGCGUCUUCUACGAAAACUUUCAACAAAGCACGUUCCACUCAGAUUGCCAAAUUCACAAAAUUGGCGUCCUUUG